AAUUUGGUGUCACAACAGAAUCAUUGCUAGGAUGAAGCUUUCUGGUCUUGGAGUCCUUGUGGCCAUCCUCAUCUCCUGUGAGCAUGUCUGCACAUUUCAGAGUGGCCAGGUUAUAUCUGCUCUUCCUAGAACUUCUAGGCAAGUUCAAAUUCUACAGAAUAUUACAACAACACAUGAGGUUGUUCUCUGGCAGCCAGUGACAGCUGAACUUAUUGAGAAGAGAAAAGCAGUCCAUUUCUUUGUGAAUGCAUCUGAUGUCAGCAGUGUGAAAGCCUAUUUAAAUGAGAGCCGAGUCCCAUUCAGUGUUUUGCUGGCAGACGUGGAAGAGCUUAUUCGCCAGCAGACUUCCAACAAUACCAUCCGUCCCCGGGCCUCUGCAUCCUACUAUGAGCAGUACCACUCUCUAGAUGAGAUCUAUUCUUGGAUGGAAGUGAUCAGUGAGCAGUACACCAACAUGAUUGAAAAGAUCCACAUCGGAUCCUCAUUUGAGAAGCGCCCGCUUUAUGUUUUAAAGGUUUCUAGCAAAGAGCAGACAACCAAAAAUACCAUGUGGAUUGACUGUGGCAUACAUGCCAGAGAAUGGAUCUCGCCUGCUUUCUGCUUGUGGUUCAUAGGCUACGUCACUCAAUUCUAUGGGAAAGACAAACUCUACUCCAGUAUUCUGAAGCACAUGGAUUUCUAUGUUAUGCCUAUACUUAAUGUGGAUGGCUAUGACUACACAUGGAAAAAGAAUCGGAUGUGGAGGAAGAACCGUUCCUUUCAUGGAAACAGCCAUUGCACUGGGACAGACCUUAACAGAAACUUUGCUUCUAAACACUGGUGUGAGGAAGGUGCAUCAAGUUUCUCCUGCUCAGAAACCUACUGUGGACCUUAUCCUGAGUCAGAACCAGAAGUGAAGGCAAUGGCAGGCUUCUUGAGGAGAAAUCUCAAUCACAUUAAAGCUUACAUCAGUAUGCAUUCAUACUCCCAGCACAUAGUGUUUCCGUAUUCCUAUAAUAGGAGCAGAAGCAAAGACCAUGAGGAGCUGUCUCAUGUGGCCCUGGAAGCAGCCCAUGCUAUUCAGAAUACGAAUAAAAAUACCAGAUAUACACAUGGCAGUGGUGCAGAAAGUUUUUACCUAGCUCCAGGAGGUGCGGAUGACUGGAUCUACGACUUUGGCAUCAAAUACUCAUUUACAAUUGAACUUCGAGACACAGGCAGAUACGGAUUCUUGUUGCCAGAGCGUUACAUCAGACCCACCUGUACAGAAGCCCUCGCAGCUGUAGCUAAAAUAGCUGAGCAUGUCAUUAAGCACGUUUAAUGUUGAGUUUUCACUUUGCUCCCAUAUUUUAAUUUACUGAUUCCAUUAAGACCAAAUUAUGCCACUUCUUGUUAAAUUUUGGAGUAUUUUCCAAAACGAUGGUUUUUUGUCAAAGAACAAAAUAAAUGCUUCCAUGAAAUUAA